UAAAAUGGAGCUACAAGCCCAUGUCCUGUGACAGGGAGAAUGUAUAAAUGUUUAAUAAAGUUUGCUGUGGAUGAGAUCUAUUAAUAAGCUUGAGUGGCCAGAGGGACAGGUAUUGUGUUCGUUACUAUAGCAUCACCUCGCACAGGAUCUGUGUGAGAGAGACGGCGGAAGAAAGCUGGGAGAGAGGAUGAGCAAGUUAUAGCGUGUUUCAGUCGUGUGCACCAGCUGAAGCACCAGGUCCAGCGUUUCUAACCUCCAGGUGUAGCCCUUUGUUCUUUAAUGAUGAUCAGCCACGGAGCAACAAUAGAUGAAAAACAGAGCCACUACAAUUCUGCUUGAGCUAUUGGCAGUUCUGAGGAGACUCUGCUGAAAUUUUCACUCUGACGGAUAUUUUGGAGUAUCAACAUUGUGUUGUCGUACCAGGGAUAACAGAAAAAUAAUAAUAGAGGAAAGCACUGAGGCAGCCUGCUAAAGUCUGGGGGAAACUGGCGAUGACAGCAAACAAAAUGUUACAUUAAAGGAUUUAUUUAAGGAAGACAAGAUGCCUUUUGAAGUGUUUAACUCAUUAAGGGAGAGGUUUUUAAAGCCUGGGAAGGAAGAGGUGAAGAAUACUGUGAGUGAUUCACUGGGACACUUCCAAAGAAAAAUUGAUGGAACCAACCAAGAAGAAGAUAACAUUGAACUGAAUGAAGAAGGAAGGCCUGUGCAGGCAGUGAGAAAACCUUUAUUUGACUGCUAUUGCUGUGGACUUCCCAAACGUUACAUCAUUGCCAUCAUGAGUGGCUUGGGGUUUUGCAUUUCUUUUGGAAUUCGAUGCAAUCUUGGUGUUGCCAUAGUGGAAAUGGUUAACAACAGCACAAUCUAUGUCAAUGGAAAGCCAGAGAUUGAGAAAGCACAAUUCAACUGGGAUCCAGAAACAGUAGGACUUAUUCAUGGCUCAUUUUUCUGGGGUUACAUUGUAACACAAAUUCCAGGAGGCUUCAUUGCAAAUAAACUAGCAGCUAACAGGGUAUUUGGAGCAGCUAUUUUCCUAACUUCCAUGCUAAAUAUGUUCAUUCCUGCAGCUGCCAGAGUACAUUAUGGUUGUGUUAUGUUUGUAAGAAUUUUGCAAGGUCUUGUGGAGGGGGUGACCUACCCAGCGUGUCAUGGAAUGUGGAGUAAAUGGGCACCUCCACUUGAAAGAAGUAGACUAGCAACCACAUCUUUCUGUGGCUCCUAUGCGGGGGCUGUGGUUGCUAUGCCACUAGCUGGCGUAUUGGUGCAGUACAUAGGAUGGUCAUCUGUCUUUUAUAUAUAUGGAAUAUUUGGGAUUAUCUGGUACAUGUUCUGGCUGUUGCAUGCCUAUGAGAGUCCAGCUGUUCACCCAACAAUAACCACCGAGGAAAGAACUUACAUAGAAACAAGUAUAGGAGGAGCCAAUCUUGUCAGUGCCAGUAGAUUUAGUACGCCAUGGAAACGGUUUUUCACUUCAAUGCCGGUUUACGCAAUCAUUGUGGCAAACUUUUGCAGAAGCUGGACUUUCUACUUACUGCUGAUAAGUCAGCCUGCUUACUUUGAAGAGGUCUUUGGAUUUGCAAUAAGUAAGGUUGGCCUUUUGUCUGCUGUUCCACAUAUGGUCAUGACCAUUAUUGUGCCUAUUGGAGGGCAGCUGGCUGACCUUUUACGCAGCAGAAGAAUUUUAAGCACAACUGCAGUAAGAAAAAUAAUGAACUGUGGAGGUUUUGGAAUGGAGGCUACUUUACUUUUGGUAGUUGGCUUCUCUCACACAAGAGGUGUUGCAAUCUCUUUCUUGGUUUUAGCAGUAGGCUUCAGUGGAUUUGCUAUUUCAGGAUUUAAUGUCAACCAUUUAGAUAUUGCGCCCCGGUAUGCCAGCAUCCUAAUGGGCAUCUCUAAUGGAGUGGGGACACUGUCAGGAAUGGUGUGCCCCCUCAUCGUUGGUGCAAUGACUAAGCACAAGACCCGUGAAGAAUGGCAAAAUGUCUUCCUAAUAGCUGCCCUAGUUCACUAUAGUGGAGUGAUAUUUUAUGCCAUCUUUGCUUCUGGUGAGAAGCAGGAAUGGGCUGACCCAGAAAGCUUGAAUGAAGAGAAAUGUGGAAUAAUUGACCAAGAUGAACUGGCUGAAGAGACUGAUCUGAGCAAUGAAACCUUCGUUAGCCCGAAGAAAACAUAUGGUGCUACUGUUCAAGAUGACGAAUGGCGAAGGAAAGCGUUGCAAAAGCAAAAGGGAGUGGUGCAAGAUGCAGAAGAAGAGACUUCGUGUCAGUAUGAAAAUGGGACUUAUCAAGAUUCAUCAUAAAUCUCACUAUGUAUGAUUUGUGUGAUUGUUACAAUCGCUGUACGAAACAAAGCAGUAUCUAUAUGUAUUUGGUUGGGUUCUUUUUGUAGAUAAUCAUGCCAAAUGGCUAGAUGUAAGAUAUUGUCAUUUUCAACUUGUAGUACAGCAAAACUGGGUUCCCAGAAGUCCCUGUGGUAAACUUAUGGAUUCAGAUCUCUGUGUAAAGGUCACAGUCCUUUACAUCACAUGAAUUUUCACUAAAGGCAACAAAGUUCUGGA